AAGAAUAGUUUGAUUGCCUUCCUAAUGGCCAUUGUUAACGUUGUCAAGCAAGUUUGGUUACCGUAUGAAAAGUCAGAUGUCUGAGGAAGUCUUUGAAGAUGUUGAGGAGUUGAACACCGAACAGACAAAAUUCCAGGAAACUGAAACGCAAGAUGUUGAAGAGCCUCAUAGUGCAGAGUUGAACACCGAACAGACAGAAUGGCAGGGAACUGAAAUACUAGGUGCUGAAGAAGGACAACAUGAGGUGACAGGGAACCAAGAAUUUCAACAAAAUUUUGAAGAUCAGAUACCAACAAUCCAAAAACGGGAGUCAAAUUUCUGUUUAAAAAUGGUGUUUGGAAAAUGUGGUGGAAGGGUGUCGUGCAAAGGUUUUGAUGUUGUCAUCACAGAAAGUUGUUCAGAAAGUCGUUGUGAAACCCAACCAAUCAGUUUAAAAAUUCUCUACGAACUUCCCAGCGCCUCCUAUCGGAAACCGGACGAAAUUCUUCUUUCACCAUUUAUUAUGGUCGGAAACAUGUCGGAAGACGUAUCUGAACUACGACUUACGUUGCCAUUCUUACGAGAUCUACCCGAAGAUACCGACUCCAUGGCGAAGUGGAUCCGAUUCUACGGCGCGCCGUCAGGCAACGACACUCCCGUAUGGCGUGACAUAAGGACAGCCUAUGAGAUGGGUGCUUUCAUGGUGGAAAUAAGAAAGGAUCACGCCAAACUGUGUACCCAACAAAAUGUCACGUUCUGUAUCAUGGGCUCAAGAAUUGAACCCGCUGUGGUGUAUGAUUACGACGCAGGUUUGGAAGAGGAGAAUUAUGGGGCCCAGUAUAAUUACAACUUCGAAGAAUACGCCAGUUACUAUGGCGAUUAUGGCGCAGAAAAUUAUGGCGAGAAUUGUUACAACGAAAGUAAUGAUUUUGGCAAUAUUCCCGUUGGAAAAGUGAAGACAUCCGCUGAAAAUAAUAACACUCCCGAUAACUUUUCAUUAGCAAGCAUGGGGGUUCAGAAGGCAUUGGAAAAUCCUAUCCCCCGGCCUGCUCUUGGGCUUCCCCCUGAGCCACCAACCAAACCGCCACCUUCUAAACCCAGCAGCUCGACAUUUGACGAUGCUCCUGUAAAAAUAGAAACCAGGAAGAAAUUUAAAGUGAAAAAAGUGUGGAAAACAACCAAGUCUAAAAAGAAAGAUAAAUAGAACAAGCAUCAGUUUAGUUUCUCGUGGGCAUUGAAGCGAGAACAGUCGAAUUUUGGCGAAAAUAAAAGCUUGUAUCAAGUAUUUUGCGCAGUCAAGAGUUCCAAAGGCGCUGCUGUCUUGUGUCAAAAAAAAAUUGUUUCGAAUACGUUUGGCGCAUA